GUUAAAUUGACAUAAUGUUAUUUCAAUAAGUUUCAAAAUAUUGUUACGUUUUAUUGCAGUUAUAUCUAACGUAAUUAAAAUGGCUCAACCACAACCACUGCCGAGGAGAAAACGUUUCAUCCCGAAAUACGAUGUGGAGGGCGUAUUUCAUGUGGUACUUGGAGAAGAGACUCAAUUUCAAAUUGAAAUGGUAGUCGGUAUGCAUGUAAACGCACAAUACCCUUGGAAAUUAGUAAUUAAAGAUAAAAUUAUGGAAUCUAUUAAUUUAGGAGGAGAACUUUCUGAAUUUUUCCCACUCAAGAAGGAAUUAGAAGCGUAUAAAGAUGAUGAAGUAUUAAUGGGAUAUAUAGCAGAUGAAUCAAAGGAUGUCGAUGAAUUCUACGUUUGCUGUACACCAGAAGCGAGAGAUCAUUGUAAACAGCAGUCUGAUAAAUUUAUAAGACGACAAGAGAAGAAAUUAGAGAAAGCGAUUCAGAAAAAACCUAAGCCGUGGAUAGGUUUUGGAAGUGAAGCGGAGAUUAUCGAACUAGUUCCUGUUAAUACUAGACCACUUUUUGAAAUAGAAGUAAAGUCACAAUAUCUCAUGAAAUAUCAACCAAGUCGUUUUAAAGUACGGGAUACUAACUCAGUAAGAGAUGGUUAUACAGAACUAACACCAUAUAGACAGAAGUAUACCAAUGUUUUCUGUCGAAGAGUAGAUUGUGGUAUCCAAGCAGCAUCGCAAAAGGUAGAUAGAGAGGCUCAAACUUAUUUAAGAUAUCCCCAAAAUGUUUGGACACAAACAAUGAUCGAUACUAUUGGACGUGAGGACGAUGCCGAUGGCGGGGGAGAUACUCUGAGGAAGGAUGACUCCGAAGAAAGUAGCGAUGAAGAAGAUGAUGCUGAUAUUAGACCUUCAAAUGAGGCCGAGUUAGCAACUUAUAAUGCUGCUAUGAAAAGAAUGAGACGAGCGUCUUAUAUAAAAUCGCUUGAUAAAUUUAUGUCGGCAAGGGAACAAGAAAUGGAAUCUAUACUCGAGUUAAAUACAGUAAUGGAUAUGUACUGUAAUGAUUACCCACAGUUAGUGACUGAAAAGACAGUGGACGUUUAUAAUUCAAUGUCGUUUGAAGAAUAUGUUUGUUUUACAGAUGUGCGAGCUAAAGAUAAGUAUAUAUCAUCUGCUGUUUUUCAUCCAAUGUGGACCGGUAUUGUUGCCAUUAGCUAUUCAGAUGGAAAUCCGACUAUUAUGAAAACUGUUAGUUCAAGAUCGGAUCCCAUACAGAGAGCUAUAUACGGUUUAAAUCCUGUAAUGAUAUGGAGUCAUAUAGAUAGUUUGCGACCGAAAUUAUAUUUACAGUCACCGCGGGAAGUUAAAGUCCUUUCAUUUUGUCCAUUUAAUGAGAAUAUACUAGUCGGUGGUUGUAUUAAUGGUCAAAUUGUAGUAUGGGAUUUGACAAAUAAAUUGCUAAAUGUCGAAACAAUUCCUGUAUUGAGUGAAACUAGGGAAAAAUAUCGUAUUGCUAUGAAUGCGCAUAUGGAUUGGAUGAAAAAUGUACAGGAUAAUGCAAUCGUAGAGGCGACAGCUUUAAGUAAUAUACUCACAAGUCACUAUGCUCCUGUUACUGCUAUCAAUUGGUUGUCACCAAAUUUCGAAGUGACACCAACUGGUAAAGUUGUAAUGGCUGAAGGCAGAAAAUCUUUAAUGCUAUUUACGGGAUCCGAAGACGGGAAUAUACUAAUUUGGAACCUUUCCGUAGAUAAUGUUACUGCAUUAGAAACGAAGAAAAUUAAAAAGUCAAAGAGAGUACCAAAAAGACCCUCCGGUUUAUUAGUUGACAUUUCACCUUACAAAGUUUUAGAUCGUAAUUUGCAACCGUGUUUUAAAAUUAUAUUAGGAAAAGUUGGACAGCCUCAAGCAAUGCCAAUACAAAGAUUUGGAAUAAAACCGCCAUUGAUAAAGUACAUUUAUGUACCAAGAUAUUUAGGUGAUGGAAGAAAAUAUUUCGAACCUGAAAUCGUACCACAAAAUGAAGCCGAUAUAUCAAAAAUAAUCUACAGCGGCUCGCAACAUGGAGAAUUAGCGAGAGUUUUGUGGGAAGGUCAUGAUUUUAAUACGGGCGAGGUUGUUAAUUCCGAAUACUGUGAAAUAACUUAUAGUUGCUUUAUUCAUGAUGGUAUAUUAACGAGCGUACAAAUUAACCCCAUGCUAUCUAAUCUGACAUUAACUGUAGGUGGUAAGAUUUUUGCAAUAUGGUCUAAUGAUUUAGUCGGUAGACCUUUAUUUUGGAAGAAACGACCUUCUCGUUUGACAGAUGGUGUUUGGUCUUUAUAUAAACCCAGUGUCAUAUUUAUUGGAACCUCAGAUGGCGAUUUAGAAACAUGGGACAUUUUGUUAAGAAGUGACAAGCCCAUUAUAGUACAAACUUUGUCCGGUACGAUGCUGACAGGCGUAAGCUUACAUUCUCUACGUUUGACGAAAAAUAUAAUCGGCGUCAGUGAUUUAAAUGGUUCAUUUAGAACAUUUCUCGAUCCCCCAAUUUUUAUGCUUGAAAGUCAAUCAUACAAGAUUCGAAUGGAAACUAUGAUUAAAAGAGAAGUUAAGGUUAUGCAAUCUUUCGUUGCAUGGCAAAAAGAAUUGAUUAAUAGUAAUCCGCAAAUUUUGUUAGAAAUUAAGCGUAAAGAAGGUGCGCUUUUAGCUGAAAAAGAAGAAGAGAAACGUAGACUUAAAGAAGAAGAAGACAGAAGAUUGGAGGAAGAAGCGGAAGCUUUACGUCGCCAUAAACUCAAAGUAAUUGGUCCAGAAGAAAGAUGGCAGAUGAUAAUACAAUCCUUAAUAGAAAAGACAAUCGCUAUUAAAAAAAGAAUCAAUCGUGCAGAAUUAAUCGAACAAGAGAAACCAUUAAGAGAACUAGAAACACAGAGAUUAGAAAAAGAAAGGAGAAUGCUUGAAAUUAUGAAGAAUCAAAAGAGUAUAUUUAAUGACACCGUUGCUAUUCUUUUUCCUGAAGCUAUCAAAAAAGAAGUUAAGCAAAAGAGAACUUUACUCUCUGUAGAUAGGACAGAUUUACAAAAAGACUACAUUGAAGAAUAUCACCAUUUAAAGGCUGCUUCUUAUAAAUUAGUGCAUGAGAAUCCUUUUAAGGUACCGUUUUCUUGGGAAGCAACGAUAACUGAAGGUAAGGAAAGACGUCAAGCUUUGAAUCCUUUCGAUGAUUAUAUAAAGAUGCACAAAGCAAGAAUUGAAGAAGAAGAUAAUCGAACAUCGAGUCCUUCUAACAAAGAUUCGUCGUAUGUAGAAGCAGAAAGGGAGUUGGCAGAAGCAAGUGAAGAGCUUGAACCGUAAAGAAGUAAAACUUGUCUACAAAUAGUUUUUAUUC